ACAGCUGUGCCAACCACAACCACAGCAUCUCCAACCACAACCACAACAGCUCCAACCACAACCACAGCUGCUCCAACCACAACUACAGCUGCUCCAACUACAACCACAAAGGCUCCAACCACAACCACAGCUGCUCCAACCACAAUUACAGCUGUGCCAACCACAACCACAGCAUCUCCAACCACAACCACAACAGCUCCAACCACAACCACAGCUGCUCCAACUACAACAACGGCUGCUCCAACUACAACAACAGAGACUCCAACUACAACCACAGCGGCUCCAACCACAACCACAACUGCACCACCUACAACCACAGUUUCUCCAACUACAACCACAGCGGCUCCAACAACAGCUGCUCCAACCACAACCACAGCUACUCCAACCACAACCACAGUGGCUCCAACCACAACCACAGCUGCUCCAACCACGACUACAGCUGCUCCAACCACGACAACAGCUGCUCCAACCACAAUCACAGUUUCUCCAACCACAACAGCAGCUAAAACCACAACAACAGCGGCUACAACCACAACCACAACAGCUCCAACCACAAAAACAGCUGCUCCAACCACAACAACAGCUGCUCCAACCACAGCCACAACGGCUCCAACCACAACUACAGCUGUGCCAACCACAACCACAGCUGCUCCACCGACAACAUCAGCGACAGCGGCUCCAACCACAACCACAGCUGCUCCAACCACAACUACAGAAGCACCAACCACAACCACAGCUUCUCCAACCACGACCACAGCUGCUCCAACCACAACCACAAUGGCUCCAACCACAACCACAGCUGUGCCAACCAAAACCACAGCUGCUCCCACCACGACAACAGCUGCUCCAACCACAAUCACAGUUGCUCCAACCACAACAGCAGCUAAAACCACAACAACAGCGGCUACAACCACAACCACAACAGCUCCAACCACAAAAACAGCUGCUCCAACCACAACAACAGCUGCUCCAACCACAGCCACAACGGCUCCAACCACAACUACAGCUGUGCCAACCACAACCACAGCUGCUCCACCGACAACAUCAGCGGCUCAAACCACAACCACAACAGCUCCAACCACAACCACAGUUAGUCCAUCUACAACCACAGCGGCUCCAACAACAACCACAACAGCUCCAACCACAACCACAGCUGCUCCAACC